GUCUGCUUGCUUUGCUCGCUUUGCUCUGCUCAGUGGUUCUGCUGCGUUUUUAUUUUUGCCGAGUUUGCACACUUUGCUACCCUCUGCUGGUGGCUUGGGAAACUUCCGACACAUCAGACACAUUAACACGAUAUUUCCGACGUUAUCCUAACACAAAGUACGUGAGCAUGAAAAAGCGACUGCGAAACGGCCCGUUCACUUUGUAUUUAGCCGAAUGAAGCCACGACUGCAUAUGUCAACGUUGGGGUUUUGCUAGGGCGUUGCCUGCUGAGCAAGAAUGGACGAGUGUCGAGUGGCAAGAACGCGCUUGAUUGCUUGGCCUAGCCGGUGCCGAGCCCUAACCGCACGGGCCCAAAAAUCACUAGUGCGGAGGGCGGGGCUGCGGCGUUGUUAGGGCUGCUUCCUGUGGUUGUACUGGCUGUAGCGUGUAGUUGACAGCACUGUGGUUGACAGCUUCUAGCUUCUGCCUAAAGCCCCUCGCGUUUACCGCGCCCCCACCCCCCCACUGCCCCCACCGUUAGUUGGCAGCACUAGCAGUGUCAUGAAGCUACGUGAAGCCACCCCAGGCCACCCUAGUGAAGCUACGCCAGGCUACGCUCGUCUAGGCAGCACCUGUUGGCAGGCGAUUGCAGCGAUUGCAGCGUGAGAUGCGUGAGAAGCUAAAAGCAAAAAUCGUGAUCGGGGUGACGGCCAAUCAGACGGACUUAUCGCUGGUCGCUGCUCAACUGGUGUGCUACGUUCCUUGGUGGGCAGGAAGAUGUGCGACCGCUUUGGUGCCCUUUUGAAGCUGGUGUCUCAGGCACUCGGCCAGGACGACCGCAACGAGUAUGAGACUGCCUAUGUCAAGUAUGUGGAGAGCUUGGAGGCUGUGGCUGCGAGCUUGCUGAAUGACUAUCAGUCUCAUGGGAUGCCAGAGACCCCUGUACCAGUGAACAAUGCGAAGAAAGUGGUUGCCAUUGCCAGGCAAUGCCUGGACAGACUGGAGAAGAUUCUGGGAACGUCCCUCAACAUGUUUUAUGCGGAGCAAGAAAGAUUCAAUCAGACAUAUUCGUGCCCUGGCGCUGAUUCGAUGGACCCGUUUGACUGCGGCCAACUCGGAGAGGCGGGUCUUCCACCCGUUACUUUCGUGGCCCCUCGCCUGUUGACUCGCCCUUCUAACGAACAGUCUUCCACACGGAAGUCUAGCGAGCCAUCAGAGACAACGGCACUGCUCCCCAAUCCUAUGUUUGCCACGCAGUCAGUAAGGAAUGCCAAGGCAGCUACCCUAUUACCCAUGGAGCAAGUGCAACAAGAAAACAGUGUGGUUUGUAAGCGGUAUCAGAGGCUCAUUCAGAGAACGCGGGACCCAGCUGUCAAAGAGAAUCUGCGCCUGGAGCUUCAGCGUCGCCUCGUUGACAAUCUGACGAUGGCUCGUGCAAAACAGGCUGAGUACCUGAGGCAGCUGAAGGAGCAGGAGAAGAGGACUGCGGACAUGGCCUGGAGGAAACUUCAAGGAGCUGGCGAGUGCGCCACUCCCGAGGACAGGGAAAGGCGAGAGCUCUUUACCAGGAUCCUGCAGUACGAGGACCAGCACGAGUGGCCACCAGAUUUACAAAGUCUGGUGGAGUCUCAUCCCAAAGGCCUCAAGGCAGCGAGGCAUCUUGUCAUGCAUAUUCUGGGGGACGCCAAGCACCCGCUCAGCCAGUGGUUGGUCAAGGAGCGGACGGGGCUGCAGAUGAAGAUGGCACAAACAAUGGAUGCCAUGGGUCCAGGCGUGGUGGCCAAGGACGGGACCAAGGGGGAGGCUGCGCUCUGCUCGGAAGUGGUCUCGGUGGUCCGCACAGCUGUGCUGAUGCUGGGGCUGGCCUUCGAGUCUCUGCGGAGCGACGAAAUGUGGGACGUCUGCUACGGGGUGCUGGAGGACCACUUCACCUGGCCCCUCUGGCCUCAGCUUCUCGGCAUCCUCAGGUUGCAGAAUUCCCAGGCGGAACAGCGGGUGGCCGUAGUAAUGGGUCAGCUAUCGCAGAAAACACCCAAGGAGAUGCACGUCCCACCAUUGUUUUGGCAGCAUCAUCAGAAUGUGCUCGAAGAGACCAUUCACAUGCUUCGUACUGUGCCCAGGCUCAGCCCAAGCCAGAAGAUAAGGGUGCUUGUGUAUGUCGUGAGGCUGAUAUGCAUGGAUCCCGCAAGCCCUGAAGGGAUUCAGGACAAACCACUCGGCGCCGACGACCUAGUCCCCACCUUGAGCUACGUCCUGGUGCAGUCUGCAGUGCCUCAGCUCUACUCGGAGUGCCUGGCCCUGGAGCAAGUACUGGACUCAAGGUACAUGCUGGGGGAGGAAGGCUACUGUCUAACUUCGAUUCUGAUGGCACUGAAGUACCUGGAGUCACUGAGCUGAGCCCCUGUUUCCACAGUCAUCUGCAAGCAGUGCAAGACGGCGAUGUCUUGUAGAACAACCAUUGGACGCAACGAGCUUCCGGCACAUAGUUGAACAGUGCGAUUGCGCUGCUUUGCAGUUACCAUUAUUGUACAGUACAAAAGUACCGAGGUUUGUCCACUUGACCACCAGGUUUAAUCGCCUGGAGAUGUGCACUCUACAAGGUGCAAUCAAAAAGUUGCGAGACUUAUUUUGUAGCAUGAAAAAGAAGAAAGCAGCAGUCAAGGGCAGGGACCUUCCUGCGUCAUCAUGCCAAAAGGCGUCAUUCUGUGAACAUUUGGAGCUGCACUACACAGGUUUUUGUGACCACGAGCACAGUGUCGAUUUCACCGUACUCUGCAAACCCGAGGGUGAGCAAACUGCAGCUUUUCAUGAAAGUCUGCAAAUUUAAAACAAAACUUUGAAAUUAUUCGGCAGGUUUAUGUCAAAAACCAGUGAAUUGUGGCAUUCACUGAAAGACUAAGGGAGGUAGGGCAACCUGCUCAAACCUCUCUUCGUCUUUUAGUGAUGUUCUGCCAUUCUUGAAGCGCAAGUGCUACUCAAAACACUUUGCACUGUUCACUGCUUUUUGACAUAAACCGGCGGAAUAAUUUCAAAGGUCUGUUCAAGAUUUGCAGUUUGACGGAGAAUUGAUGUUCCCUCUUGCUCUGGUUUGCAGUCUAUGAUGAAAUCGCCAUUGUCCGUGGGUCACUAAGACUCAUCUAGCACAGCUCCAAAUGUUCACAGAACCGACGCCCUUUGGCAUGAUGAGACACGUAGGUCCCUACCCUGCCUUUGACUGCGGCACGUGCAUCACCGUGCUGCCCUCUCUUUCUACACUGCAAAAUCGGUCUCGCAACUUUUUGAUUGCACCUCGUACAUAUAAGUAUAUUUUUGUACAGGUCACCUCCUAAUGUAUAAAAAGUCGAAGUUGUAUAUAGAGCACUAAGAAACUGGCACGCAGUACACUAUAAUCUAAUUUACGCACAAUAAAAUAGUGCUUGAAGUGAGCGUGGUAGAAUUUGAGUUCCGAGUUGACUUGUAGACUGAAAGUGAUGAAGACUGAAAGUGAAA